GUAGAGAGGCGACAGAGGCGGGACCUAUCGGGUGGAGGUUCCCGGACUGUGCCGCGCGUCCGAGAAUCUUCACCGAAAGACGACAGAGACUCCGAGAGUCCUGCCGCAGGCGCGACAAGUGACUAGCUCUCCCCUCACAUCCGAGCCCCGCCCCUGCCAAGAUGCAUGCGCCCUUCCCUCGACCCUACCCAGUUUUAUCGGGCUAGGACUCGUGAAAACUACAACUCCCAGAGCUCCUCGCGCCCAACGAUCAGCUCCAUAAACCAGUCAGGUGACAGCUGGCCCCGCCCUCACACAAAGUCAGCGGAGCCCAAAGAGUCCUUUACAUUCUGAAGAGGCAUCUGGCGCGAGAUUGCUGCUUUCGGUGAGGUCAGUCCACCGAUCCUGGGAGGCUGUCAGUUCUGAGAAGUCAGAGAACAUGGCGAGGAAUUGCCUGCUUAUUUUGACCCUUUUCCUCUUGAACUUCAUGGAGAAAUGCGAGUCAACUGUUAGUCUCACGGUUCCUCCCACUGUGAAGCUGGAAAAUGGCAGUUCAACCAAUGUCAGCAUCACCCUUGGGCAUCCAUUAAAUGCAACCUUGGUGAUCACUUUUGAAAUCACAUUUCGUUCAAAAAAUCUUACUAUUCUGGAGCUUCCUGAUGAAGUCAUAGUGCCUCCCGGAGAGAAGAAUGUGUCUUUCCAAGUGACUUCUCAAAAUGUUGGACAAGUGACUGUUUAUCUGCACGGCAAUCAUUCCAACCAGACCUGUCCCAGGAUUCGGUUCUUGGUGAUACACAGCAGAAUCAUUAGCAUCAUAAACCAGGUGAUUGGCUGGAUCUACUUCAUGGCCUGGUCUGUCUCCUUCUACCCACAGGUGAUCCAGAACUGGAGGCGGAAAAGUGUCAUUGGUCUCAGCUUUGACUUCUUAGCCCUGAACUUGACCGGCUUCGUGGCCUACAGUGUUUUCAACAUUGGUCUUUUAUGGGUACCCUACAUUCAGGAGCAGUUUCUCCUCAAAUAUCCCAAUGGUGUGAACCCUGUCGACAGUAAUGACGCCUUCUUCAGCCUGCAUGCGGUUGUUCUCACCCUGAUUGUCAUCCUGCAAUGCUGCCUGUAUGAGCGGGGCAACCAGCAUGUGUCAUGGCCCUCCAUUGGCUUCCUGGUACUCGCAUGGCUCUUUGUGUUAGUCACCAUGAUUGUGGCUGCAGUCGGUGUGACCACAUGGCUCCAGUUCCUCUUCUGUUUCUCCUACAUCAAGCUCGCCGUCACGCUGAUCAAGUAUUUUCCACAGGCCUACAUGAACUUUUACUACAAAAGCACCGAGGGCUGGAGCAUUGGCGGUGUGCUUCUGGACUUCACAGGGGGCAGCUUUAGCCUCCUCCAGAUGUUCCUCCAGUCUUACAAUAAUGACCAAUGGACGCUGAUCUUCGGAGACCCAACUAAGUUUGGACUUGGGGUCUUCACCAUCUUCUUUGAUGUUGUCUUCUUCAUCCAGCACUUCUGUUUGUACAGAAAGAAACCAGGGCUUCAAGCAGCACACACAGAUCCCGACAGCCAACCCAGACAGAACUGGGCACCAAGUUUGCAGCCGAUGGCCUUGCCCCAAACCACCAGUGUUUCUGGGAGCAGCUCGAAGGGCUAACCUUACAGCUGGGAGAGCCAAGGGUGCUUCCACCGCUGUGUUCACAGGGACCAAGCGGCCAGGUGCUGUGGCUAAUGGACUCGAAGGUGCUGAUGCUGGUGGCGGAGGGGAAAGAACUCUGGGGUGAGGCUCUGGGGUCCUUUCUCUGAAGGCCACAUUUCUGAUACUCAUUCUAUAUAACUCUGCUCCAGUAACUGUAGACCAUGUGGCCCAGGCCAGUGCCUGGUAAAGUAUAUUUCUGAUCCCUGAGGUGCCUGCCAGAUCAGUGUGAAGCAGACUCACACCCACUGACUGCCCUCUGGAUCGUAACAUACAAAGACAGAUAUCACAGUAACUUUUUGAUUUUUUUUUAACACCGAGGGAUAUUUUGUAUAUGCCUGCAGGCCAGAAGAGGGCACCAGACCCCAUUACAGAUGGUUGUGAGCCACCACGUGGUUGCUGGGAAUUGAACUUGGGACCUUUGGUAGAGCAGGCAAUGCACUUAACCUCUGAGCCAUCUCUCCAGGGAUAUUUUGAAAUGACUUGUUUUCUUUUGCCCUCUUUCUUACCUCUACUUUCUGAGAGUGAGACGGAGCCCCAUCUGAGUUCCCCAGCCCUACUGCUCCUAACCUUACACCUAUGGAGCAGGCACUCAGUACCAGCCUGUGUCUUCGAGACCCAUCAGUCAAUCAAGCUGUAAGAGUAGCUCCCCUAGAAGGGAGGGCAGGCUCCUUCCCCUAAUCCCAAACUAGAACUCGAAUUUCUUAGCUGUUGAGGAGCCUCAGAAGAGCAAGCCCUCACCACCUAUAAUGCUUAUGGGUCUCACCUUGAUCCCAAACCUCCCUUCUCAUUCCAGGUUGUCCUUCCUAGGCCAGAUGGGGAAGGAACCAGGGUGUGCCUUGAGUUUAUCAAUCUGCUCUUUUUGCUUUCUACAAGACUAAUAUUGAGGGCCCCUUAUAUUUCUCAUUCUUUGUAUUUUUUUAUGUUUGUAUCUUGUUUCAUUUUGGAGGAGUAUAUGUCCUUAAUUAAAAGGUGGCUUGUU